AUGGCCAUCAGAGUUCAGUUCGAAAACUCCAACGAGGUUGGCGUCUUCGCCAGGCUGACGAACUCCUACGCACUGAUUGCCAUGGGCGGAUCGGAAAACUUUUCCAGUGUGUUCGAAUCGGAGUUGUCUCAACACAUUCCCCUUGUAUACACCACCAUCGGGGGUACCAAAGUCAUUGGCAGAGUUUGCGUCGGAAACAGGAAGGGUUUACUUGUGUCCAGCAUAUGUACAGACCAGGAGCUACUCCACUUAAGAAACGCACUUCCAGAAAAUGUUAAAAUAAAGAGAAUCGAGGAGCGCCUUUCAGCCUUAGGUAAUUGUAUAACGGCAAAUGAUUAUGUAGGUUUAGUUCAUACAGACAUAGACAGAGAAACGGAAGAAAUAAUUCAAGAUGUACUAGAUAUAGAAGUUUUUCGUACUUCUAUCGCGGGUAAUUUACUUGUAGGUACCUAUUCAUAUUUUACAAACAAUGGAGGAUUGGUACAUGCCAUGACAUCAUCUCAAGAAAUCGAGGAGCUGUCAGAAUUGUUACAAAUUCCCUUAAUUACCGGAACGGUUAACAGAGGAAGUGAUCUCAUCGGGGCUGGACUGGUCGCCAACGAUUGGUCGGCCUUCUGUGGCAUGGAUACCACUGCCAUCGAGUUGAAUAUAAUUGAGAAGGUUUUUAAGUUGAAUAGCAUAGAAGACGCCAACAUCGAAGACAACUUCAAAUACAAGUCUUCCAUAAUUCAGACUAUGAUUUAG